AUGGAAGCCUCGCGAGAGGAGCGGCAGCAAAUGCGGCAGCGUGGAGCUGGGACGCGCAAAGCAAAAGAAGUCAAUUUUGGGUUCUCAUUUGGUAGUCCAGCGCUUGGAUUAUCAGCGCCCGCACCGCUUGCGACUGUCCCUGAAGCUCAGAAUCCACCGCGAACACAGACCACACCGAACACAACACCACGACCGUUAAAGGUAUCGCAACCAGGAUCGCAAGCCCGGGGGUUGGGCGCACACCGGGAAGUGCGCGCAACAAGCUCCCAGAAAGACCCUCGACAUAUGAAAUACCCUCUUCAGACGAUAGAUCUGAACAAACGCGAAGCAACAAGAGGAGAAAGAUCAGUAUGUUAUGGACCAGGCUGGUGUGUUAUGCCAGAAAUGUGUGCUAAUGCUUCUUCAGGUCCUCCUAAUGGAACAGAAGAUACUCCUUCUCGUCGGAAUGGCAGACGACCUGAGAAUGGUGAUACACACACCGUUGAUAAUAGUGCAGGUAGCACAGAGUCCCACGCAAGCCACACCCAAAACCCUCCAAAUACAGAUGCACCUCCUCCAUCGGAAAUAACCAACAAUGAAUCCCCGCAGCCUCAUAUCUCACCCAUUCCGGAGACCUCAGUCGAAGAUCAACACCCAAUAGAAGAGGGGACCAAUGGCGCGGAACCAACAAAACCAGCCGCUGAAGAGCAACUAUCCCAAGGCACAUCUCCAGUGUCUGGCCCUACGGCGCCUGCAGUAGCUGAAGAAUCACAAGCGCCACUUACAUCACCUGAAGCUCAGGCCGGGGUCAAACAGCCUGAAAACACCGGGCAACUACGCGAGAAACGACAUAACACUCGGUCACCACCACGGCCUGAGGAACGAAUUCAACAAGCUAUCACAGAACCCGCUUCUCCGGUUGUUCAGACAGAUAAAUCUGCCACAAAAGCCUUAUCACCACGCGGUAGCUCGGCCGAGGCUCUUGAAGCUAGCCAUGCACCGACUAUUUAUGAGGACGUCGACAUGACUGAGGAUGUUCCACCAUCCAAAGAUGAUGCACCAGAGCAAGUCAACCGGACGUCUCAAGGGCCUUCUAUCAAGACGAAAAAGUCUCGAGGUCGCCCGCGGCAUCAACCCACCGCGAACAACACUCCGGAACUGCACGUGGAAGCCGAUGUACAAGAACCUACAACCGAGGCGCAAGAUGAGCCUGUGGCAGCUCAAGUUGAGGGGGCGCAAAAGACCAAACGGCCUCGUGGGAGACCCUCGCUUAACAAGAAGGCUAUUGAAGCUAUCGCGACUGAGAAGGUUUCACCUGAACUUAUACCAGAUGUCGCGGAGUCCUCUUCGGGACCACGUCGGGGUCGCAAGCCAACAUCACAAAGGGAUGAACAGCCGGAAGCUGUGGAAUCCGCGGUGCGCAAGCCACGUGGCAGACCUGGGAAGAAAGCGAAACGUGCAGCCGAAACUGACCCCGAACCCGAGCCUGAACCUGCGACAGCAGACCAGCCAGAACCAGAGGCAGAAUCUGCGGUACCUAAGUCUCGUGGCAGACCCGGUAAAAAGACCAAACACGCAGCCGAGCCUGAGCCUGAGCCCGAGACAGAAGAUCAACCAGAACUCGAAGCAGAAUCCGCAGUAUCCAAGCCCCAACGUGGCAGGCCUGGAAAGAAGGCCAAUCGCGCAAUAGAGCCCGAGCCCGAGCCGGAGCCUGUCAUUGAAGACCAGCCGGAGCCCGAAGCGGAAUCUGCAGUACCUAAGACUCAACGUGGCAGGCCCGCAAAGAAGGCCAAUCGUGCGAUGGAGCCUGAGCCUGAGCCUGAAGCGGAAUCUGUAGCACCCAAGUCACAGCGCGGCAGACCUGGGAAGAAAGCCAAGCGAGCAGAGGAGCCUGAGCCUGAACCCGAGGCAGAAUACCAACCCGAGCCUGAGCCUACACAAGAACAGCCUCGUCGCAAGACACGAGAGCCUCGUGGAGAAACAGUCCCAGUCACUGUUUACCGUCUCGCGAAUGUCAAUUCUCUAUGUGGCACAACAUCUACGGCCGACGGGUCUGGAGGUGAAGAAGAAUCCGCCGAUGAACUCACUACGCACCAGAGGGCCAAGAUACCCAACCGCGGCGGUGUCAACCCGGCCGAUGUAUUGAGCCAGAUCUGCCGCGAGACUCUGGAGAAGACACUUAAUACACUCAAGGAUGGGAUUGCGAACGAGGCGAAUGCUACGCGACGUGCAGAGUGGUCGCGCAAGAGAAAAGCUGUUGAAGUAUUUGGCUCGGAGCUCGAGAGUCGCCUCAUGGAUCUGAGCGGGAUACUCGAUAGCAACUUUGUGCUUGGUGUGCAAUUGAAGAAGACUAAGCGGGAGAUGAUGGAUCUACGGAAUCAUUUAUACCGGGUCCGUCGAGAACGCGAGAACAUAGCUUUGCAGAUGGAUGCAGUACGCAGCAAACACAUUGAAGAGGAGAAGGCCAAAUCGUCACGAUCCACGAUCAGCAACUCCAUCCACAGCCUUGAAUUGGCCCUCGACCGCAACAAGCAACGUUCUGCCUCUGCUGCGGAAUCUUCUGCUGAUAUUGAAUACAUGCUUCGCACCGUUGCCGAUGUGAGUUCCCGAGCCCCUGGAGCACAAGGCGGUCUCUUAAACCAAAUUCGGGCGUUCAACGCACAGCUCGAAGCUACUGUUGGUCGCCUGGAGCGAUGA